CGUUUCACCCGUGCAUCAUCCCAUUCAGCCAGGAACAGCUGGCCUUCUUGGUUUUUAAUUUCAACGUCUCUUCCCUUCCAUUUCCUGCCUUAUACCCUUCUUUUGCACUUUUCUUGCGGCUCUGUAUCGUUGUUCGCAGGUCGAAUACACUAUUGCGGAUAUACGGUCCGUAUAAAGUGCCUGGAGAGCUUGGGAUUGCUUGGAGCGUUUACGCGAUAUCUGGUCUUUUCCACGCUUCACACAUUUCGCUACCUUUCUUUGUCGCGAAAAAAUAUCACAGCGACUUAUUCGAGAGCACUUGUUUCUGGGUUCGUAGAAAGAGAUAGAACGGGAAUCCUUCACCAUGUCACCGAAACAAAAGACACCAAAGAAGCCAAAGGCAGCGAAAGAGGCGGAAUCCCAGGCGCAAAAUGCUCCAGCAUCCACUAUUCUUCUGAAUGUUGGUAGAGCAGCAGCACUCCUGCUUGUUGCAGGUUUCGCAUCGCCAGUCUCACAACUGAACCUAUCCCCUAUCUACGGAUCCAUCCCAGCAUCGCUGCACCAUCAAAGGACGAUGACUAUCACUGCUGUUGCAGCGCUCUUAACGCGACGGGCAUUGAAGAGCUAUGUAUCUGCGAAUAUGGCACAGUACAUUGCUGUAGUCGCGUACUGGACACCCGUCAUCCAAUUCCUACUAUUCCCAUACAGCGGAAAGAUUGGGGUAGAAUACGGACCUCUGCUUAUCGAGUCUCUUACCUACUUCCCCCUACUGUUCUUAUCAGUUUUCGCCGCCGCCGAUCUACUGGAGUGCAUCGACGUUACCGGAAUCAAUCCCUCACCAUUGAAGGAAAUCGCCAUUCCUACUGCAUCCUACUUCACCGUAUCGACGGUUGCUAAGAUCAGCAGCGCUCUCAUCCCAGGCUUCAUCGGUACAUCCGUCUACUUCACACGCGUGGGUAUGCAGAUGCUUCUUGCGUCGGCAUCUGCAUUCUUCAGCCCAUCACGUGUCAUUCUUCUCGCGUUUCCAGCAAUCCUCCACACGCUCUGGACGAACCCGCAUCAUCCUUCGACUCACGGUCUGCAAUUGGCAAACACCACCCUGCAAACUACGCAAAACUACACACUUCUCGCUCGUCAUGAGUCCGUCACUGGUUAUGUGUCUGUCAUCGAGAACCACGCCGACAAUGCCUUCCGUCUUCUUCGAUGCGACCACUCCCUCCUUGGCGGCGAGUGGCUUGUAACACCCCAAGCCUAUGCUAAAGGCCAACGCCAACGCGAAUCCAUAUUCGCCGUAUUCGUCCUUCUCGAAGCCGUUCGCCUCAUGGAACCACCAGUCGAUACCCUGCCCGUCGUAGACGACAGCGAGAAAUCCGCGUUGGUAAUUGGUCUCGGAAUCGGCACUGCACCAAAUGCCAUGAUCGCGCAUGGUAUCAACACGACGAUCGUCGAACUCGACCCCGUAGUCCAUCACUACGCAACGAAGUACUUCGCGCUAGACCCCAACCACACAGCCGCCAUCGACGACGCAACCACCUACGUAGCACAAAAGUCCGUCUCAGCACCCGGAAGUUUCGACUACAUCAUCCACGAUGUCUUCACCGGCGGCGCAGAACCCGUGUACCUCUUCACCACAGAGUUCAUGCAAGGCCUCUACGACCUGUUGAAACCAGAAGGUUUUGUCGCAAUCAACUACGCCGGAGAUCUUACACUGGGCUCAACAAGACUGGUCUUGAAUACCAUUCAUGCCAUCUUCCCCGCCUGCCGCCUCUUCCGCGAUUCUCCGCCUCAAGCAGAACACAAGGAAGGUGAAGCUGACUUCAUCAACAUGGUCAUUUUCUGCGUCAAAAAUGACCACGGAUUGGGCAAGGCGGCUAUCAACUUCCGCGAUACUGUUCAACAGGAUUACUUGGGUAGUAUUGCGAGGAGGAACUUCUUGCAGCCUCAGGAGAAGUUGGAAGUGAACUACGAUUUCGUGAGCAAGGAGAGUGGAGGUAGGGUAAUGGGCAAUGCGGAUGUGGGCGAGCUGGAGAAGUUUCAUGAGGAUGGUGCAGUGAGCCAUUGGAGGAUUAUGAGGACGGUGUUGCCGGAGGGGGUUUGGGAGAUGUGGUGAGCAUGUUAUAGCCGCAUGGCUGUGGUGGACACCGUCGUUGGAGAGUUUCCCGAGGGAAGAGAGAAUGCGACGCAUAGAAUGGGAUAGAUUUCGCAAGUCAAUCGGUAU